GCCAGCCAGCCAGCCAGCCAGGCGGCCGGGCAUCAUGGAGCGGGUUCCGGGGCCGCCAGUUCGAGUCCCGGCUCGGGCCCGGCCGCCGGCGAGCCUCGAAGAGGAACCUGACGACUGCCUGGACUACUACUAUCUGCGCGAUUUCCCGGCCCGUGGGGCGGGACGCAGCAAGGGCCGCACGCGGCGGGAGCAGCAGCUGCGCAGCCGGAGGCCGCUGCCGGCCGGCCACGAGCGCAAGAUCGCGCAGCGGCUUUUCAAUGGGCAGCGCAAGCGUCGGCAGCGCCAGCUGAAGCCGCGUCCACGCACCCGCCUGGCCUGAGCCGCCCCGCGCCCACGUCCCCUGCGCCCCAGCUGGGACAAUGACUGCAGAAUACCCGAAGGACUUCAUGAGAGUAUUUUAUUGGAUUCCAACUGUCGGCUGUGGUCCUGAGGGGAGGACAAAAUCCGUGUUGAUCGGCAGCUUUUCAACAUCGCUUUUAACUUUGCUGUUUCACUGUCUCUCUCCUACUAGUUGAUUGUUAAGUAACAUCCAGGUGGAUAUGCCUUUUUAGGAUUUUUUUCAUUAAAAGGACAGCAAGCAUGGAGUUU